UGGUAUGGAGAGUAAGUGUCCCCACUUCAUGUAGAUCACUCAAUAUACUUAAUUAGAGCUAUUUUUAUCUUGUUUCUCUUGUUCUCAUAUAUGUAAUUGGCAGGUAUCGUUUCUCUUCUUCCCAUAGAUCGAGUUUUGGGUGUAUCGGUUGUGAAGGAAGAUGGGGGAAGGUGUGAAGGUAUGCGUGACAGGAGGCAAUGGUUACAUAGGUUCUUAUCUCAUCAAGAAGCUCUUGGCCAAGGGCUACACCGUGCAUGCAACUCUUAGAGACUCGAACAACGAUUCAAAGGUGAGCCUCCUAAAGAACCUUCCACAAUCACAAGCCAAAUUGCAUCUCUUUGAAGCUGAUAUUUACAACCCAUCUCAAUUUGGCCCCGCAAUUCAAGGCUGCCACUUUGUCUUUCAUGUUGCUACUCCCCUCGUCAAUCAACCCACCUCUCACUCCCAGUACAAGGAUACUACUGAAGCCGCAGUUGCGGGAUCAAAGAGCAUCGCGGAGUCUUGUCUGAGAGCAGGAACGGUGAAGCGUCUGAUAUACACGGCGUCUGUUGUUUCAGCUUCUCCACUGAAAGAAGAUGGAAGUGGUUACAGUUACAAAGAUACAAUCGAUGAAACUUGCUGGACCCCUCUUAAUGAUUCCUUCGCUUAUCGAUACCCUCGUGAUGACCCUUUUUAUAAGGACUAUGUUUAUUCUAAGACACUGUCGGAGAAGCAUAUGCUGAGCUAUGGAGACGAUGGAAAUGGUGGUGGAUUGGAGGUGGUAACACUCCCUUUAGGACUAGUGGGAGGUGACACCCUUCAAUCUUUUAUAUCCGGUAGCGUCGCAGCUUGUAUCGCACCGAUCACGAAAAAUGAAAGGGCAUUCAAAUCACUCAAAUUCCUAAAUGACUUGCUGGGGAAACUUCCUCUUGUGCACAUUGAUGACGUCUGUGAGGCUCACAUUUUCUGCAUGGAGAGCACCUCCAUCAGUGGAAGAUUUUUGUGUGCAAAUUCUUAUGUUUCGAUAGAAGAGAUGGCUAAUCAUUACGCUCUUAAUUACCCUGAAUUCAAGGUGAAACAAGAACAUGAAGAUGGGCCGAAGAGGGAUAUCAAGUGGGUCUCAACAAAGCUUUGUGACAAAGGAUUCGUAUUCAAAUAUGACUUCAAGAUGAUGUUGGAUGAUUGUGUCAAAAGUGCAAGAAGGAUGGGUGUUCUCUAGUCUCCAUCUACACCCUUGCUAUAUUAGAAAAUAAAGGCUUAGAAGUUGCAAAGAUGAAGGGCUUUAAGUUAUUAUACAUUGUGGAACUUAAAAGACUUUUAUUCCUUCUUAGGAAUCACUGAGCAUUUACUAUCAGUAUUAUAUCCAUUUAGUAUUUUAAUUAAGUAUUUAUAUAAUGGUUAUGAUUUACACUACUAUAAAUAGAGGAU